GGUAGGGUUUCUUCCGCCGCCGCCGCUACUCAAACCUCCGCCCCCAAGCCCCCCAUCGCGCAGGCCCGCUGCUUCCCCUCCCUUCUCUGGCGGUAAUGGAGGUGGUGGAGUCGCAAGUGCAGGAGGUCAAGCUCUUCAACCGUUGGACCUUCGAGGACGUCCAGAUCAAUGACAUCUCACUGAGUGACUACCUUGCUGUGUCUUCUACAAAGCAUGCCAUAUAUCUUCCCCACACUGCUGGGAGGUACUCAGCGAAGAGGUUCCGCAAGGCUCAGUGCCCCAUUGUUGAGAGGCUUACCAAUUCUCUUAUGAUGCACGGUCGCAACAAUGGCAAGAAGAUCAUGGCUGUCUGUAUUGUGAAGCAUGCAAUGGAGAUCAUUCAUCUGCUGACUGAUGCAAACCCUAUACAAGUUAUUGUAGAUGCUAUCAUUAACAGUGGGCCAAGGGAAGAUGCUACUCGUAUUGGAUCUGCUGGUGUUGUUAGAAGGCAGGCUGUUGAUAUUUCACCUCUCAGGCGUGUGAACCAGGCAAUCUACCUUCUUACCACUGGAGCUAGGGAAAGUGCAUUCAGGAACAUCAAGACCAUUGCAGAGUGCCUUGCAGAUGAGCUUAUAAAUGCAGCCAAAGGUUCUUCUAAUAGCUAUGCUAUCAAGAAGAAGGAUGAGAUCGAGCGUGUUGCCAAGGCCAACCGUUGAGCAUUACAGAAACCGAAAAGUGAGAUUAUCUGUAAGAUGAUGGAUCAGCAUGUAGUUUUCUUUGAAAUUCACUUCGCUUUCAUCAUAGUUAAGAUAUGCGCCGUUUUUAUGAACCAAGUUUCGUGAUGGUUGUAACUUCGUAACUGAUAAUGGCUGAUUAACUGCUAUACUUCUUUGAGUUAAAGACUACUGGGCUUUACUGCAAAACCUUUGUAGUAUUUUUAGAUGCUAGUCAUGUCUGGAAGACUCGAUUUCAGAAGUUCAGAACAUAGAAUUUCAAUA